UAUCCUCAGAAUUGCCGUCAGUCGCGUACGGCUCGUCGCGCCGUCAACGUCGUGGUAGGGGGAUAGUGUGUACAUACUGGUGUGCGUGCUUUAUUCGUAGUCUUCAUGAGUGUUUCAAUUCUUGACAUUGUGGUCUUUUUCGCUUUUCAUCUAGGAAAAGUAUAGCAAGAAAAUAAGAAUACAGUGUUCUUGUAUUAUUUGGACAAAAGAGACGAUCAUGGAUUCAUGGAUGUACGAUGUGGUUUGUAUGAUGCCCGGUGGCGGCACCGAAAAUAUGAUUGGAAAUAAUAGGACUAUGGCGAACAUUAAACAAGAGAUCGAAAAUCCUACGACGCCCACGCAAAAUUAUCAAGUUUGUUCACCGACCACCACGCUUCAGCAUCAAGAGGUGAUUUGCAGUAAGAUAGAAGUUCCGCCCGAUUAUGGCGGAGGCGAAGGUAGCCCUGGAAGUCCGGAAAUGCACCAUUGUUCCUCAACCACUCAGCCUUUGGGGACAUCAGAGGAAGGUGUCAAAGAGGAAGACAUGAUACCCAGAAGGCUUUGCCUAGUCUGCGGUGAUGUUGCAAGUGGAUUUCAUUACGGGGUUGCAUCUUGCGAGGCGUGUAAAGCUUUCUUCAAAAGAACCAUACAAGCGAGUAAUUUUACAGGUAAUAUCGAGUACACGUGUCCCGCGAAUGGGGAGUGUGAGAUAAAUAAACGGAGGAGGAAAGCGUGUCAGGCAUGUAGGUUUCAAAAGUGUCUUAGACAAGGCAUGUUAAAGGAGGGGGUCCGAUUGGAUCGUGUCCGAGGUGGGAGGCAAAAAUACAGAAGGUCCACCGAUCCCUAUACACCUGUGAAACCAGCUCCCCUGGAAGGUGAUUUCUUUAAUAAUCCUUCAAACAUAGCGACAGGAGCUUCUAACGAAAUAAUAAAUAAUAAAAUGCUGGAAGCUUUGGCUGCCUGUGAACCCGACAUGCUGCAAGUAUCGAAUAUCUCCCAUACUCUUGACACUGAUCAAAGAGUACUUGGACAAUUAUCUGAUUUAUAUGAUCGGGAAUUAGUCGGGAUAAUUGGUUGGGCGAAACAGAUUCCAGGAUUCAGCAGUUUAGCUUUAAACGAUCAAAUGCGGCUUCUGCAAAGCACGUGGGCCGAGAUAUUGACGUUCAGCCUCGCGUGGAGAAGCAUGCCAAAUAAUGGUAGAUUAAGGUUUGCACAAGAUUUUACUCUAGACGAACGACUUGCCCGCGAAUGCCAUUGUACAGAGUUGUACACGCAUUGUAUCCAAAUAGUGGAAAGGCUUCAAAGAUUGGGAUUGACCAGAGAAGAAUAUUACGUGUUGAAGGCGUUGAUAUUAGCAAACAGUGACGCGAGAUCAGACGAGCCACAGGCGUUAUACCGCUUUAGAGAUUCAAUCUUAAAUUCGUUGUCAGACUGUAUGGCCGCAGUAAGACCAGGACAAGCGCUUCGCGCCACUCAAAAUAUGUUCCUAGUGUUACCCAGUCUCAGGCAGGUCGAUGGAAUUGUCAGACGAUUUUGGUCUAGUGUGUAUCGAACGGGGAAAGUACCAAUGAACAAGCUCUUUGUAGAGAUGUUAGAAGCUGCUUAUUAUCGAUGAAAUAACACAACAAACUCGAACUCAAACGAUUUAAUUAAUAUCUAAUAUAUUGGAGGACUUCGCUAGAAUCGCUCUGUUAUUAAGUAUAUAACACUCGCACAUUAUGAAUGACUUAAAGGCACGCAUUUUCUUGUGUUCCUAUAAGAUAUACGAUGACAGAAGAUGACAGUGAUGAUGAGAGUGAUAGUGAGAAUAGAGAAAGAAGAGAAAGGAAACGGAGACUGUACAGUUUUAUUCAUUUUCUGUAAGAGAAAGACUUAAAAAAAAAAAAAAAAAAAAAAAAAAAAAAAAAAAAAAAAAAAAAAAGGAAAAAAAAAAAAGGCUUUAUUUUUCAAAAGAGGAAGAGUGUUGGAGCGUUGGAGCGUCGUUGGCCAGUGAUUCCAGCAGAUUCGUUGAAAACUCUCAAAACGAAACACCUUGAUAUAGCAGGCACAUUGUUUCGUCGUAAUAAACCAAACUUUCCUUUUCGAGUACCCCAUUUACAGGUACAAAGAAAAAAAAAAAAAAAAAAGAAAGAAAAAUAACGAUGUUAUUUCAAGAUAGGAUACAAGUAGUAGUACAAGAGAUGCGAGACGCUUUUUCUCGAGCCUCUCAUUUUUUUUUAGGAUAGUUUACGAAGAAACCUGUCGGUCGGACAGAAGAACCUACCAAAUAAAUAAAAUGUUUUUUUUUUUUUUUUUCAUUUACGUAAGAUCGUGAACACCGAAAACCGGUGAGAAUCGUAGAAAUCAAAAUGCAAAAUGUACUAACUGUGGGUGUUUGACGUUUAGAUAAGGUUAGAGCAUCGUGUGUUACCAAAUACUACCAGUUCAAUCAAAAAUUAUAUACGAAUAGCUCCGAUUCGAACUCCGUUUAUUUUAAGUUAAUGUGUCUUUUCUCUAAAGAAAGAAAGAAAAAUAAAUCCAGUCAAUUUGAAAAACUAGAGGAAACGCAGACUCUCUAUAUAUAUAUAUAUAUAUAUAUAUAUAUUUUUAAGAGUGUUGAUGAAAAGAUGAUAUCAUUUUACAUAGAAUAACUGCACAUUUUUAAUACUAAUACUAAAUGUAAAGUGUAAAGAUCGAUAAAUGUAAAAAAUCGAUGUGCGUACCGCAUUGAACAUCCAUAGUUAUUAGUUCAGCGGAUGAAUUUAGGUAUGUGCUAUUGUACAAAUCGAACCAAUAUUAUUAACGUGAACAAGGAGCUGUGAACAGUGAACAAGGAAAAAAAAAAUGCGAAAGAAUGGCUGGAUCGUUCUCUUUAAUUAAAAGCGCCAUGCUGUUUUCUACGAGAUAUUGUGAAAAAAGAAAAGAAAAAAAGCAAAAAAACAAAAAAACAAAAAAAAAAAGCGUUUCGAGAACGAACCUUUUUUGGCCAGGUUGCCAAAGUUAGGUUCUUAGGAGGCAGAGCAGAGAGAGAAGAAAAAAAAUUUAAUCGAUUGUUGAAAUGAAUUUGCGAAAAUGUUGUUCGCGCGUGCCACACGAGGAGCGUAUUAGGAGAAUAUAUAUUAUUAUAUUAUAUUAUAUUAUAUUAUAUUAUAUGUAUUCAGGGAUCUUUAUUAUCUAGUUAUUAUUGUUACGAGAUCUGUGCAUAGAUCUUGCGCAUAAUAUCGCUUUUUUUCGAAGCGAACAAUCGUAUAGGAGCUAUACUAUACUCACAUGAAAAAAAGAAAAAAAAGGUUCAUUUUUAAAGGAGGGAAAAACCGUUUGUGUAACAAAUUAAUGGAGUAAUAUUUUUUUUUUUUUUCUUUUGUCGAUUACACGCAACCAAAAAAAAAAGGCAAGGUUUCCAUCGAUUUUUUCGGAUCGGCUUUUUGUUAUUUCACUUAAUCGAUAUUGACUCGAUAAUGAAACGAAGAGAGAGAGAGAGAGAGAGAGAAAGGAACAAAAUUGUUUUAUCAUUAUCAAAGUUAUAUAUCAAAUAUUAGAUUUCGUUGAAGAAGCUCGAUCGGAGUCGUUCGAAACCUUGCGAUCUUAAAAAAAAAAAAAAAAAAAAAAAAAAAUU